AUGAUACCAUGCACUCUAGGGAAUGCUUGCACAAGGACAGCUUUAUGUGACCUUGGAGCAAGCAUCAACUUAAUACCUGCUUCAUUAAUAAAGAAGUUUUACUUGACUGAGGAAGUCAAACCAACCCGCAUAUGCCUUCAACAUGCUGAUGGUUCUAUUAAGAUACCAUCAGGCAUAGUUGAAGAAAUGAUUGUCAGGGUUGGACCCUUUGCUUUUUCAACUGACUUCGUGGUGUUGGAUAUGGAAGGGCACAAGAGUGUAUCCCUUAUCCUAGGGAGACCCUUCCUAGUUACAGGACAGACCCUUAUUGAUGUUGAAAAAGGAGAAGUAACCCUGAGAGUCAAUGAUGAAAAGUUUGUACUAAAUGCUAUCAAGGCUAUGCAACAUCCAGACACCCCAGAGGAAUGCAUGAGCAUUAACCUCAUUGAUUCCUUGGUGGAAGAAGUAAACAUGGCUGUAGGACUCAAUGAAGGGCUGAAUAACAUCCUUGUUGAUGCCCAGCCUGAUUUAAGUGAACCUUUGGAAACUCCUAAUGAAAAGGAAAAACCUCCAAAGCUUGAGCUCAUGCCAUUGCCAUCUUCCCUGAAAUGUGCAUUUCUGAUUUCAAACAAGGGGAUAGAAGUGGAUCAAGUUAAGGUGGAGGUGAUUGAACAAUUGCCACCACCUACUAAUACCAAGGCAAUCAGGAGUUUCCUAGGACAUAUAGGAUUUUACAGGAGGUUGAUGGGAUGA